AUGCCAAUCCCAGACAACCUCGGAUACGCUAUUGAUGAAGAAACAUGGCAGAAAUCCAUCGAUACACUCGACGAGAAGAACCAGACGGAAGGAAUACUAAACGGCUAUAUAACUUGUGUACUGCGGACAUGGAACAUGAUGGGCAUUACCGGCCGUGGCCUAUGGAACGACUUUCGCGAGGAGUUUAAUAGAUGGACCCUAGACACAUUCAAGGUGGCGAACAGAGCCGCACUGAAAAUGAUUCGAAUUCACCUCACUGCCCACGGAGUAUGGGUCAGGGUAGGUCCAGGGAUAUCUUACGCGAAGGGACUAUUCGACUGUCUCCAAGAGGUCACUCAGCACGAAUGGACCAAAGAAGAAAUCGAAGACCAUCUAAAGGAGCAAGCAGGCAACUUCAACUCCAGAAGGAACCCUGCACGCGACCAAUCACCAACAAUCCGACCAAGUGCCCCAGCAGCACGAGCUACUUCGGCGAAUCCACCAAAUCCCCAAACACUACGAACCGAUGUUGCGAAAUCACACGUCGGACGAGUCGACCAGAGAGAGGAAGAAGCCACAUUCGCAACGCUCGAUACAGCCGCGGAGGUUACAACCAGUGCAGAGGAAGUUAUGGAUACGGCAACAACCGUGAACUCGCUCCCUUUCGUGGAUAAGGACCGCGAGGAGACUACCGGGGAAGUCGACGGCGCAAUCAAGGGUCCCACCAAGGGAGAUGCUAUAUCUGUGGACAACCAGGAUGCUGGUCGAAGAGACGUUACCGUUGAGUUACGCCAAAAGGAGCAGGGUAAGAGGCUAAAGCUCAUCGACCACAAUUCCAAGGACUUUAAGCACGUGUAUAUGGAACAGCGUGCUCGCGGAGCCUACAUUGCAACGAUCUGCCAGCCGGAGGCUGCAUUCGACCUAUCCGUUGCCGCCCAACACCAGGACCCUACGGAAGCCGACGUCAACGCGUUGAACAAACGCAUCAAGUGGCAAAUGAAGAACCUGGACAGAGGUAUCAAAUAUGUCGCGAUAGACCUGUCAGCUGCAAAACUCUUCGUGUUCAUCGAUGGAUCAUUCGCGAACAACAAAGAUUUCAGCUCCCAGAUUGGAUAUGAGAUCAUCUUCGCGAACGAAUCCGCCGAGAAUGAGGAAUUUGAGAUCACCGGAAACCUGAUCCAUUGGAGCUCAACCAAGAGCAAACGAGUUACCAGGAGCGUUCUGGCAUCGGAGAUCUACGGGAUGGUAGGAGGUGUCGACAUGGCAAUUGUAAUCGGCACAACAAUCAAGAUGAUCAUGGACCAACUUGGCUUUGGGAAGAUCCCUACCAUCGUGUGCACGGAUUCAUACUCUCUCUACGAAUGCCUCGUCAAGCUCGGCACCACCAAGGAGAAGCGCCUCAUGAUCGACAUCAUGGCACUUCGCCAGCCAUACGAGCGGAGAGAGAUAAUAGAAUGGCAUUGUGCGACCUACAGAUGCAACGAGGUGCAGUAUGAUCGAAAGGUCAGAGGCGCUCCGGUUGAGGCUGUUGCGAAGUCGACUUUUGCGGCCUAG